AUGUUCUUAAAGAUACCUCUGUUACUGGGGCUCUUUGCACUGGGGUCUCCUGUGUGCGGUAAUGAGUUUAUAGACAUUAGUAAGAGCACGCCGAUGUUUGCCAUGUGUGUGGAGUAUGCCGUGUACCAGUUCAACCGAGUCCAAGUGGACCCGUACGCAUACAAGCUGCUGUGGGUGCAGAGAAGCCAGACCAAGCCAUUUACUUGGAUAUAUUCAAUGAACUUGAAGAUGGGCCGCACAAUGUGUGAAAAACAUCUUGAAGACAUUGACAACUGCCCCUUGCAAGAAGGCUCAGGCAAGAAAAAUGUGGACUGCACUUUUGUUGUGGAUGCCCUACCGUGGCUGUCGCAGUGCACCCUCCAAUACAGCACCUGCGUGCAGACAUAG